AUGGAAGGCAAAAAGAGGCCACCACCAAGAAUCCAGGUUCCAGCUCAACAGCAAUUUACAGAAAUUCCAUCGAUGCAUAGAACGAAUUCUGGAAAACUUAGAAUUGAUAGUUUAUCUGAUAUCGAGUUCAUUGAAAGAUUAGGUCAAGGAAGCGCAGGAAUUGUUGAUAAGUGUAGGCAUAUUCCCUCUAAUAAGAUUGUAGCAGUCAAAAGAGUUCCUCUAACUUCCAACAACGAAAUAAAAAGGCAGAUCAUCACAGAGGUGAACGCUUUGAAUUCAUGCAAGAACCAACAUAUCGUAUAUUCCUAUGGAGCAGUUGUUCAUCAGGGCGUAAUGAACAUCAUUAUGGAAUACAUGGACAAAGGUUCACUUAAGGAUGCUUUGCAGCGCUGUGGCCGGAUUUCAGAAGAUGUGAUUGGCCAUAUUGCAUUUCAAGUAUUAUCAUAAAUAAAAUGGUAUUUGGCUCGGUGGAAAUUAGCUCUUUAAUUUUCUCUCUCUCUUAUGGGUUUGGUUUUUCCUAGAGAACUUUUGUGCAACAAUAGCGGCUUAACUUUGAUCAUAUCGGGUAAGAAGAGGCUUAGGUUUUCCCACUCAACAUACCGGAAGAAGGUGGCCCUUAGUCGAAGUAUGUGUAGGAGCUUAGUUUGGCAAGGAAAAAGCAAGGCAGCCAGCUUGCUCAAUAAUGGUGGUAUUUGCUUAGGUUUGGACCCUCUGGCGCAUUGGCAAUUUUGAUCAGAAUCUGGUGGCCUCACGAGCUGAGUCCAAAAGAGCAUUUUAAAUAUGUGGUGUCAGACGUUUUAAAUAUUAAGUUAAUCGUAAUCGCAUUUCAAGUAUUAUCAGGGCUUGAGUAUCUUCAUAGGAAGAAGAAAAUAGUCCACAGAGAUAUAUAAUGGAUUGGCUAUAUUGCUUAGACCCAUUUUAUAGAAUUCAUUGCUAAAAGAAUUUAUUUAAAUAGUUUUAAUUAAUGAAAACUUAUGAAAUAUAUAGCCAAUCUCCUAUAAAACCUUCCAACCUACUACUCACAUCUGAAGGACUGGUGAAAAUCUCUGAUUUCGGAGUUUCAGGAAUCAUGAGUCACACAAAUGCAACAAAGAGGACAUUUGUAGGGACAGUCACCUAUAUGUCUGUAAGAUCUAAUUUAGUUAGCCAGAACGCUUUACAGAUGAAGGAUACCACGUUGAUACUGACAUUUGAAGUCUAGGAUUGUCGUUGCUAGAGUGUGCGACAGGACGCUAUCCUUAUCCAGAGCCGGAUGAAAAUGGUAACAUCCCUGUUCUGACAUUUUGGGAACUUAUGAACUAUAUUUCAGCAAGAAAAGCACCUGAGCCGCCUCCAGGAAGCAGUGAAGAGUUCAGAGAUUUUAUAACUUCCCCCAAAUCGAUAUAAAAAACUGUUCUUUUUCAAUCAGGAUUAAUUUUUUUUUUAAAAAAUUAUAAAAAUAUAAAUUGAUCUAUAUUUUUUAAUUUUUUUAUUAAUAAUUAAAAACUAAUGAAUUCAUUUGAAAAUAAUUAAAUAACAUUUUACUUACACUUCUUUCUAUAGUAUUCAAAACUUGCUAUAAAAAUUAGUACUUUUACCUAUAAAAUUUAAAACUUAAAAUCAAAAAUGUUGCUCCAAUUUAAAGGGUGGAUAUUUUACUAUGCUUUGUUCCAAUCUUAAGGGGAGAGUAAGGAUUUGCUUGGGCAAAGAAAAAGACAGUCGAUCUACUGUUGGAGAACUGCUAAGUCAUCCUUUUAUUCAGAGAAAUAUUAACCCAAUCAGCUUCAAUCUCUGGCUAAAUCAAAUCAAUUCAUUAUAA